AUGCCAAAUGAUAAUUUCGUGAAUCGAAAAUGGGUUUCUUAUAAUUCAAUAACUAGAAAAAUUCAUUGUUCUUUAUGUAUGGGGUUUACUCGUCCGGGUAGUACUCCAUUUAUAGAUGGAAUCGAAAUAAAUUUGAAACAUCUUUAUAGUCAAUUAGAAAAACACGAAAGUUCUGUACCUCAUGACGACGCCUGUAAGGCAUACCUUAAUAUUACAUCUGGACAUACAAUUACUAAUGCGCUAUUAAGUCAUCGCCAAAAAAGUGUAGAAUUAAAUAGAGAAAUUGUAACUAGAAUUAUAGAUAUUUCUUUAUUAAUCGGUAAACAAGGUUUGGCAUUUAGAAGUAAGAGAAAUGAAGCCGCUUAUAAUUUAAGUUUAAAUUUAAAACAAGGGAACUUUUUAGAAAUUGUGAAACUUGUAGCAAAAUAUGACCCGAAACAUAUCUCAGAAGAAGUUUUAUUGGCGGGGCAGUAUUCAUUAGAAGUUGAUUCUUCUCAGGAUACGUCGGUAAUGGAUCAAUUGUGUAUUUGUCUAAGAUAUGUUUUGAAUGGUAAAAUAAUUGAGAGAAUGAUUGCUUUAGUAGAGUCAACCUCUGGAACUGGUGAAGCAUUAUAUAAUAUUGUGAAAAAAGAAUUAGAUACAUUGAAUAUCCCUCUAACAAAACUAAUUGGGGAAUCAUUUGAUGGUGCUGCCAAUAUGAGUGGUUCUUAUAAUGGUCUUCAAGCUCAUUUAAAAACAGUUGCACCCGAAUCAAUUUAUACACAUUGCCAUGCACAUGUAUUAAAUCUAAUAGUAACAGACUCUACUUCAUGUUGUAAAUCUGCUCAAGAUCUUUUCAACUUACUACAGAAAACUGCAGUUUUUUUUUCUGAUUCAUACAAAAGAACUGGAAUUUGGAAAAAUUAUCUUUCAAAAGAUCAAACUGGAAAUGAUAAAUUAAGAAAACUUCAAAAGUUAGGAACUACAAGAUGGAAUAGUAAAGAUGCCGCAUUAAAAUGCAUAUUUGGUUCUUGGUUUGUGUCUGGUGAAACGAGUGAUCGAUAUAAUGUUUUAGUUGAAUCUCUGCAUUUUCUUGACACUGAUUCAUCUAUAGAUUCUAAUACAUCUUCAGAUGCCAGAUUCUUGUUAGAAAAAUGGACAUCUUUUGAAUAUAUACUAACUUCAUUUAUAUUUCUCGAAAUUUUCCAUUAUACCACUCCAGCAUCAAAAUAUCUCCAAUCAAAAGAAUUAGAUUUUAUUACUGUCAUUAAUUUAAUUAAGUCUUUAUUAAGCGACCUCAAAAAAGGUUCUUCUAAAUAUAAUUUAAUUGUUGAAAAAACCAUGAAUUUUAUAUCUAGUAAAAAUAAUUCUGAACAUAUUAAAAAGCUUAAUAUAGUCAUUGAAGAAACGUUUCCAGAUAAACGAAGAUCAAAAAUUAAAAAAAUGCCUGGUGAGCUGGCAUCAGACGAUAUCAGAAAUAUUUCGAAUGUAGAAUAUUUUAAAGUGCUCAGUCCGCCCCUGAUACAAAUUAAACUUCAUAGAAAAUAUAAACAAGUUAAUUUGGCAUAUUUAACUGUGCAAUCAAUAUAA